GUUCUGUAAGUAUCAUUGCAACAGUGGAAAAAUUUCCACUUGGAAAAUGCACCUUGACUUCUGAGAUUUCUACCGGAAAAAUGGGGUUUUAUAAAAUGAGUCCUGGGAACAGGCUGUUCAGCAUGCCUACCAUUGAUUCAUACUAAUUCUUAUGGGACAUUGAUUUUUAUUGUUGGCAUGUAUUAGAUGAUUUUGUGUUCCAUGUUGUGGUGGGUGUACAUAUUUGUGAUGGUUCAUGAGAUAUUACUGUACAGCAGAUGGUUUUCCUUUCAAUGAAUGGAAAAUUUGUAGUGUUUGACUGCCAGCGAAUGGAUGUAUAUUUUGCAUUGUGCCAUCUAAGUUAAUAUCUCUUUUGAGUAAAUAAUGCCCUAUUGUUCAUACAGUUCAUGGCUUUGGUUUUGGGCAUUGCAAUUCCAUGGUGUUUGCCUACCAGAGCAUGGGUUUAUAUUCUGGUGUUAUUUGAUUAAGGUGUUGAUCGUUGUACUGAUUCUGUAGAAAAUCAUGAUUUAAGACUAAUUUAAGAACCAUCAUAAGAGUGGAAGAUGGUCACACUAUUCCCAUUGCUAGUGUAUAGUGUGAUGGUGUAAUUCUUGAAGUCGUUUGACAAGUAAUAGUUCUUAUCUUUUUGAUUCGGCUGGUUUCAUGCUUUAAGAUUAGUAGUUCUGAGUGACUGUAGUAAUUGAAUGCGAUUGCAUUCUUCUGAUUGCUAGUGUAGUGCUGUAGUGCUUGAAGUCUUCCAACAAAUGGCUCUUUAGCUUUUCCAAUCCGAUUCAAUGUCCAAGGGGAUGGGCAUUAUUGAUUAACAAUGAAGUAAUAUAUACUUGGUACUAAAGAUUAUUAGUAUUAUUAUUCUUAUUUAUUUUUGAGGAGAGAAGAUCAACUCCAACUAUUGUCAUCAUGCAGAGCAGAGUUCAUUAGAAUUAUUAUUAUUAUCAUGACUGGUGGUGCUGCCUGAGUUUUCAUAUUCCAACUAGCAAUUGACAUUCAGUGCUGUGUGUUCUACAGUUUGUAAUUUGUUAUUGUUUUAGAACUCUAUUUCUGUCUAAGCAUGUGUUAUGCUUUUGUUUAAUGCGUAUAUGGUGCUUUAUCAUGUACUUGUGCAUUUAUUUAAUGCACUUAUGGUGCUGUCUGAUGUAUUUGAAUGGAGUUGGCUGUCCAUACCAUUGUUAGCAAGGUACAACUGACCUUACAACAUCAGCACAUAAAUUUCAUUCAUUAUGCAGGCUGUUGUUUUGUAAAAUAUGCAACCUCAGAAGAAGCUGAUAGGGCCAUUAGAGCCUUGCACAAUCAACAUACUCUUCCUGGGGGAGUUGGUCCUAUUCAAGUUAGAUAUGCUGAUGGAGAACGAGAACGACUGGGUGCUGUGGAGUACAAGUUGUUUGUUGGUUCACUAAACAAACAAGCUACUGAAAAGGAAGUUGAGGAAAUUUUUUCGCAAUAUGGUCGGGUUGAAGAUGUUUACCUCAUGCGUGAUGAAUACAGGCAGAGCCGUGGAUGCGGAUUUGUUAAGUACUCGCAUAGAGAAAUGGCUUUGGCAGCUAUAAAUGCUCUUAAUGGGGUAUACACGAUGAGAGGUUGUGAUCAGCCAUUAACUGUCCGCUUUGCUGAUCCCAAGAGGCCUAGGCCCAAUGAUUCAAGGGAUGGUGUACCUGCAUUUGGAGGUCCUGGUUUUGGCCCUCGUUUUCAAGCACCAGGGCCAAGACCUCCACUUAACUUUGGUGAUCCUACUGGGGAUCGAGCUCCACCCAGUUCUUGGAAUCCAAUGAGUCCACAGAAUCUAGGUCCUUCUAAUCCCGGAAUUCGUGGUUUUGGGAAUCAGAUGCUUCCUAGACCUGGUGAUCUAGCAAUGCCCCCAAAUUUGGUUGCCCCCAUUAGUGGCUUUGGUGGCCCUUCCAAUGGUCCCCUUCCAGUCCCAGGUCCAGCAGUUUCAUCUUCGUCCACAUCACAACAGAGUAUUAACCACCCUCUACCACAAAUCCCAUCUGUUGGUCAGCAAGUAUCACCAUUGCAGAAGCCUAUCCAAUCACCUCAGAAUCCACCAUCUGCACUUCAACUGCACCCUCAGGCUCAAUCAUCUUCUUUCCCCCAGUCUCAAACUUCCCAUGCCAGUCAGCUUCAAAAUUCUGUUCCUGCUGGUCAGGUACCUUUCAGUCAAACAAUGCCAUCACAAAAUUUACAUGGUUAUAGUGGACAGUUGCCUGCUUCUCAAGUCCAGCUUCAGCAAAAUGCAUCAUCUGCAACAGCACAACAAGGUCCUUCAAAUAUUAACUUACAGCCCAAUCCUGUGUCUGCGGCAAGAAAUCAACAGCAGCUGCAUGCUCCCGUCCAGCCGCAAGUACUGCAACCUCUUCAGCAAUCGCCUUCUCAGUUAGCUCAGUUAUUAUCACAGCAGACACAAACUCUACAAGCAAGCUUCCAGUCAUCUCAGCAAGCUUUUUCCCAGCUGCAGCAACAAUUGCAAUUGAUGCAACCAUCAAAUCAGAGUUUAGCGCUCCCGCCUAGUUCCCAGACUACUAAACAACAGUGGAAUGGAGCCCCAUUGCAAACAGUUUCCAGCACUCCUGCUACCACAACAUCCACAGUUGUACAUUCAACUGCAUCUGCUGCUUCUGUGGUACCCGUAGUUACUCAGACAGUAGCUCCUGUAAAAUGUAAUUGGACCGAGCAUACUUCCCCCGAUGGAUACGAGUACUAUUACAAUAGUGUAACUGGUGAAAGUAAGUGGGAGAAACCUGAGGAGUUGACAUUGUUUGAACAACAGCAACAGAAACAGUCUGUGCAGCUGCCUCAGAGCCAGGCACACCCUCAACUUCUGUCUACCCAGCAAGCUCCACAGACACAACAGGUGCAGCUUCAAGUUCAGCUUCAAACACAGCUCCGCAAUCAACCAUCAUUACAGCAAUCUUUCUUUCCUUCACAGUAUCCAGCAUCUGGAGUUGGUAGUCAAAAUGUCCAGGAACUUAAUCGUGCCCAAUUGCCUGGGGCAGCUACUUCUGUUAAUGAUCCUGGACGCUUCCAACAGGGGCUUCAGGCUUCUCAGGAAUUGAUGUGGAAGAAUAAGCCAUCAGGCAACUGAAAUAAGAGAUGUAAUUGCCAGAGUCUGAUGUUGGCAGAGUGAGGAACUCGCCGUUUCUUUGCAGAGGUAUGAGGAAUCUGUAGCAGAUUGAGUCAAGAGGUAAGGCAGAAAAACAGCAGUUUCUUUAACUCAAAUGGUAAAUGGGAUCUGUGAGGGGGAUGUUACUUGUCCAGCAUCAUCAGUUUUCUCUGGUUCUUUCAAAAGUACUGGGAUGCUUUGCAGUCCCACAGUUUCAGGCGAUUAAGCCUCUGUACCAUUGUAUUCAUGGGGCAAUAAACUGCCUUUUUGACGUUGUAACCAUGUAUUUCUAGGGAGCGUGUAAAAUAGUUAGCAUCCGUAGUAUAAUAGGAAAAAUAUUAGUUCCCGUUUAGAUUUUUGUUGAUGGCCACUGAAACCUCAUAGGAAAUUGGAGGCCUCUUAAAUUUUUAUUAUUAUUUAUCAGCUAAACCUGCCGUUGCUAAA